AUGAUUGGCAGCUCUAAGAGCCACCCGCGUAUUAAAUGGACAGGAGCAAGCGAGCACAAGGCAGAGGGAAUGCGCCCUCCAAGCGUACAUCGAUGGCGUGUACGGCGUGUCGGCAAGUCAAGGUCACUGGAGAAGGUUGCGAAGGAAAACGAAAGGCUACGAAGUUUAGUACAUGAAGUGGGAACAACGCCUUCCCAUUCACCUCUAGAUGCGGCCUUGCCAGAAGGUGCGGGUUCUACAUAUAAUGGAGCUUCAGAUAUCCAACAGGAAGCAUCGGUCAUCGAGAAAAUAACCUCGCAAAUACCCACCCCCAGGGAAAUCGGAGGUGUUUGCCUUGACGAAGCUACAAUUCUGGCACUUUUUGAGCACUUCGCCGCCCACUAUCUGGAUCAUCUGCCUAUCCUCGACCUCACAAAGCCAAUCGACCUUAUCUGGAGCGAUAGCCAACUUCUAUUCUGGACAAUUAUCAUAACAGCGACCAGCAAGCAUCCCCACCAUUCGAGCUACUUUGGGCCUCUCCAGAUACAAUUUAAACGACUUCUCUCUGAAUAUCUAGUCAGCUCUAUUCGCUGCAUAUAUACAGUUCAGGCACUGUUGAUCUUAUGUCUUUGGCCGUUCCCGGUCGCGAAGCAGCAGGAUGACCCAAGCUGGGAGUACAUUGGAUUGGCUACUGCUGCCAAUUUGAAACUCACAUCCAUUGACUCCCAAACAAACUGGCCCGGGUCAAAUCCCUUGUUAAUCGACGAGAGUCUGCGACAAAAGACCUGGCUGGGUUGUUUUUCAGUGAGCACCGAAAUUUCUGCAGCUCUUGCUCUACCACCUCCGAUGGAAAUGGUUUCGCAAUGUAUGCCCAAAAUUAGACAUGCAGUUCAAUCUAGCUUGCCCAAGGAGUUCUCAACCCUUCUAGAUAUCCAGGAAUUUGCGACCAGGGCAGCCACACUCCUUAACAAUCCGCCCGCAGCAUCUGCCCAGAGAUCUUUAAUAGAGCUGCUGGAAAGGGAUCUAGCUUCAAUAGAAGCUCGCAUGCCAGGUCAAAUCCACCCAAAGAUUAAGCUCGGAUGUCUUGCAGCUCGCCUUCGUUUAUAUACUCUGCCUCUACUAUCCCAAUUGUCAUUGGACCCGCAAAAUCGGAAAACCGGCAGCAUGUCAAAGGCUACCUGGUAUAUGGGAUUCCACACGGCAAUCGAAAUCGCGAACAUAUUUGGCCACUCAUCGAAUGUGAGUGCAGACAUUCCGGCAAAUUCUACCGAACCAAUCGACGUCUUCUUUCCAAAGUAUUACUUCCAAAUCUUGAUCAUGGCCGGCAUGUAUUUGAUCAAUGUUGUGGCCAUUGAUAAAGAAAUGUCUGCGGAAGACAAAAGUCUAGCGCGGAAUCACAUCAAGAAGGUCUAUGAAACACUUUUGUGCUGGUCGCGGGAACCCAGAGACGAAGCGGCACGCGUUGCGAGAGUGAUUGACCUGCUCUCUCGCCACGUCCAAGGAUCCGAUAUGUCGUCGGAGAUACAGCCAACCGCCAAUACAACGCCCCCGACGAGCAUGAUCACCAGUGGAAUGUGGAUGGCGGGUCGCUUACGCAGCAAGCUUUUCUCUUCCUUUUCGCAAUCUGCACAGCCGGCACCCGCUUGGGCGCCAGAGCUGUCAGAGUUUCCGACUGGCCUUGAACCAAACUUGUUUGAGGAUGAUCUACUAGAAUGGAAUACGUGGCUAGAAAACCUGGAUAGCAUACUCACAAAUCCCGCAACAAUGACGGAUCUCGGAGCUGAUUAG